GUUUUCCGUUUUGGACAUGUUGUAGAAAAUGUCCAAUCGUGUCAAACCUAAGCUAAAUAAGUUAAUUUGAAGUGGAAGGCAACUAAAGCGAAGGACGACGCUCUCGUACUUUUCGCCUGGCUUAGGUUUUUUUUCUUUCUUUGAUUUUUGAGUUGGUUGAUUGAUUUUGGUUAUCGCAAGACACCAAGGACUACGACGAAGACGGGGACAAGGUAGAGACGAUCCACGUGACCAUAAGACGGCGCCGUCAUGACAGACACAACAACAACAACAACAGCAACGACAACGGAUAACAACAACGUCAAGAGCAAGACAAGUGCCCCAGAAUGCACCGUGUCGGUAUAUGAUCAGACACCCGGGUCACAGCAAAAGAAGAUCAAUGUGGUCUUACGUUCACAUUAUACCGUACAGCAUGUCAUUAAUUUGAUUGGCACACAAUUUCCGUAUGGGAAAUUUGAGUUAAUCCUCCAGCCGCACGAUAACAAAGAUUUGGUGCAUCUGAAUAACUUGGAAUCACAAUUGAUGUAUGAGGUAGCAGGAUUUGAGCAUCAGCUGAAAAAUAGUUUGGUUCUCUUACCCUCAGGCAGUUGGGAUGGUAAUGUGACGAAACGUUUUGAGUUACCCCUAAAGAAGGCCCAGGGAUUGGUUAGUCUGCAUAGCAAAGAGAAAACGACGACAAAAUCAACAUCGCCCAUAAAGAGGGAUACCACAACGGGAUCACCAACGAAAAAGGAAAAGUCAACGGAAACAUCAUCAACAACGUCCUCUCCAAUUAAGAAGGAAAAAUCAGACACCAAAAAGGAGAAAAAGGAGAUCAUCACAACAACUACAACAACAACAGCAACGACUACUACGUCGGAAGCAGCAACGGAAACGAUAGAUAUCUUAGGGGAGACAACACCGACGAUAUCACCAAAUAAAAAGAAGUCCUCAGUCACUGGGGAGACUAUCAAAAAGAAACGUGUAACAGCAACAACAACGGGUGAGAAAUCGACAACAACAACGAAGAAAAAAUCAUCUUCCAGCAAAGCGGCCCAAACAACGGGCAGUCCCAGUAAAACCAAGUCAACGAUUCAAGAGGAAGAGGUCGUGGUUGUGGUGGACGGCGACGACGACAAAAACGACGACAACAACGAGGUGGAGGCGGUAAGAGCUGCAGCUGUUGUGGCAGCAGCCACCACAAUUAUCGAGAAUGGGACAACGAAGAUCACGACGUCAACCUCAACGUCGACAUCGACCACGACGACGGCGACUUCCUGCUAUGACAACAAUAUGUCCAUUGACGAGUUAACCAAAGCUGAGAUAUCCGAUCAAUUGCCGCAGCCUCAGAAUCGUAUCCUGAUCUCACCCAUUGACGAUCAUGCCCCAUCCGAGCUAUUCAACAUAAGUCCCGUCUCAGAUGCGGAACAAUUGUCGGACGAUGAUUUGGCCUUGGGCGCCUCGGCCAGUCCCACAACUCUAAUAAGAGAUCCAUUUGUCUUUGGCGGUGACGCCAACAAUUCGUUGGAGAAUCGCGGAGCCAAUGGCGAUCAAAUGGUCUCAUCCAAAGAUGUGGGCCUCGAUGGCAUUGGCACAGAAGAUGGACAAGAGUCGGAUCUAUCGAAUUUCUAUCGUCGUAAAUAUGGUGGCGAUGAUUUACCCUCAUGGCAGAAGAUUAACACAACAGCCGCUGAUUUUGUGGCCUCGGCGACGACAGAGCGGGAGGGCGGUGCAUCGGGAACAUCAACUACAGGAACAGCCACAGGCACAUCAUCGUCAUCAGCAGCACCAGCAGCAGGAGCAAGUGGUGGUGCAUCAUCUUCAUCCCGUCCCAGUAGUCGUGGUUAUGUCGGUCUCAUCAAUCAGGCCAUGACAUGCUAUCUAAACAGUCUACUCCAGGCUCUCUUUAUGACGCCCGAAUUCCGUAAUGCCUUAUAUCGAUGGGAAUUUGAUAAUGACAACGAGGCCAAGAAUAUCCCAUACCAAUUGCAGAAACUAUUCCUAAAUCUCCAGACAUCACACAAAUCAUCGGUGGAGACAACGGAUCUGACACGCAGUUUUGGUUGGGAUUCAACCGAGGCGUGGCAACAGCACGAUAUCCAAGAGCUAUGUCGCGUCAUGUUCGAUGCCUUGGAGCAUAAGUUCAAGAAUACCAAACAGGCGAAUCUAAUAUCGACAUUGUAUGAAGGCAAAAUGAACGAUUAUGUCAAGUGUCUGGAAUGCAACACAGAGAAGACGCGCGAGGAUACCUUCCUGGACAUACCAUUGCCAGUGCGCCCAUUUGGGAGCAGCUCUGCCUAUGGCAGCAUUGAGGAGGCAUUGCGUGCCUUUGUUCGGCCAGAGACUCUGGACGGUAAUAAUCAAUAUCUGUGCGAGAAAUGCAAAAAGAAAUGCGAUGCCCACAAAGGAUUGCAUUUCAAAUCAUUUCCCUAUAUAUUGACACUGCAUCUGAAGCGUUUCGAUUUCGAUUAUCAGACCAUGCAUCGCAUCAAACUGAACGAUAGAGUAACCUUUCCGCAAACACUUAAUUUGAAUACGUUCAUCAAUCGGAACUCGAAUGGUGGUGGUGAACAGUAUCAAAUGAAUGGUCACAAUUUGGACGAUUGCAGUACAGCGGACAGUGGCUCAGCCAUGGAGGAGGAUAAUCUGAGUAGCGGCGUGGUGACCACUGCCAGUUCCAGUCAGCAUGAGAACGAUCUAAAUGACGAGGACGAGGGCAUCGAUAUGAGCAGCAGCACUAGCAAAAGUACCAAACAAGAUGCCGGCCCAUAUAUGUAUGAACUAUUCGCCAUAAUGAUACAUUCGGGCAGUGCCUCGGGUGGUCAUUAUUAUGCCUAUAUCAAGGAUUUUGAUAAUCAAGAAUGGUUCUGUUUCAAUGAUCAAAAUGUAUCGCCUAUCACGCAAGAGGAUAUACAACGUUCGUUUGGUGGUCCCAAUGGCAGUUAUUAUUCCAGCGCAUAUACCUCAUCGACAAAUGCCUAUAUGCUGAUGUAUCGUCAGGUGGAUGACAAGCGAAAUGAACGUGUCGUUAAGAGUUUAGAUUUUCCGGAGCAUAUUAAAUCUUUGCUGCCGAAACUUCAUGCCGAGGAGGAGACGCGUGUCACGCGUUUGGGUCGACAUGUUACUGUCACAGAUCUGGCCCUGCCCGAUCUGUAUAAGCCCCGCGUUUAUUUCUAUAAUCCAUCGUUGAAGAAACUAAAAGUGACUCGUGUCUAUGUGUCUAGUAGUUUUGAUAUUAACUCUGUCCUAUCGACCGCCUAUGAGAUGUUAAACGUUGAACAAUUCGCACCGCUCAGUCAAUGUCGUUUGGUGGCCUAUAAUUCCUCAAUGGAUACGAUUAUUCAGUCACUGGAGAGCUGUACGGAUCCAUCGCUGACCGAACUGAGGGCUUCACAGAAUUUCAGUUUGGACUUCCUAUUGGAAUACCGUCUGGAGGAUCAGCAGUUUGAAGUCUACGAACCUGAUGGUUCUACAUGGUAUGUUUAUAAGGUAGAACUAUCGACCAUGUCGAUGGACGGUCCCUUCCUGGUUUAUUCAGCAGCGCGGGAAUCUAGCGAUGUCCUACGCCACUCGAUUGCCACUCGGUUACACAUCAAGGAUGAGGAUCAAUUCCUAUUGGCCACCGUGAGGGGUUCCUUCCGCAAAGCCUUUGUCGCCUAUGAUCCCCAACCGACGCCCGAAGCUCAAUUGCAAUUACAGAAUUUGGCCAACACGCAAUUUAAAAAUAUUACCUACUUCUACUUGAAUGUGCCUAACACUGAUGCAGCCAGUUUGGAAAUGUUGGGAGUGCCCAGUAAGGAGGUGGCAGCACUAGUAGCAGCAACCACAACGCCGACGACGACGACGGCGACGGAGCCUUUAAAUGGCGGCGAUGUGGUAGAUGCUGCCCUCAUGAAUGGCUCUGCUGUGGGCGAGAUGUUGCCGAGCAAUGACUGUGAUUGGCGUCGCUAUAAAGGUGAUCUAUUGGAUCCUUUGUCGGUACCGCCUGGACAUGAAUCCAAUUCAGAGGAUAGCAGCCUAAGCGAUGGUGAUCGCACUCUCGUUGAGACAGAGUCCCUGCAACAUCGCGGCGGCGGCGAUAGUCAAGUUAGCUCCACCAGUCACUCACCUCAAUUGUCCAGUCCCGAGGAUGAGGCCGCCUCCCAUGAUGCCAUGAUGCGUGUUCAUGCCUAUUGCAAUGGCAAUGGCAGCUACUCAGCCGCCGAUGCCAUGGACUCGAGCAAUGGUUCUGGCGCUGGAGUCACCAAUCACUUUUUCCAUGCCAGUAAAAUCGAUUGCGUGGACAUUGUGGCCGGCACCACGAGUUCAGCCAGUUCGGGCCACCUCUCGGAUGAUGAGGCCAAUCUAAGGAAACCCACCUGCGCAUACAAACUCCUGGUAGGCACCCAGAUGCGUAUGGGUGCCUUUAAGCGGCAUAUUGAGCAGCUGAUUAGGGUGCCGAAUGCCUAUUUCAAGCUGCAGCGCAAGAACGAGAACAACAUCCCAAAUAAUCAGAAUAACUUGUUAAUCAGUCUCAAUGAGGGUGAAACCCUGACCGUUGAGUUGGGUAAAACCCUUCAGCCCGAUGAGUACAAGGCCAAAAUACAUUUUCUCCGUCUCUGCGAUUUGGAUAACGAGACGGCGCGUCUGCCAUGCGUCUGUGAAUGGGUCUAUAAUACCAAUACCACAGUGGAGCAGGCCAAACAAGAACUAGUAGCCAAAUUGCAACGCAUCGAUAGCAAAUACUCCAGUCUGACUGUGGAGAAUUGUCGGAUCUGGCUAAAGGGCGGCAGGAGUUUAAUCAAAAUUAUGAGCAACGAUGAGACGCUUUACUGUGACAUGAGAUCGACCACCUCAACUGAGUUCAUUAUCCAAGAGUGCGAAGAGGGAAUCGUAACGCAGCCAAGCGAGGAUGCUUUAACCAUUUUCGUAAGGCAAUGGUAUCCACAGAAAAUGGAAUUUGGCAAAUUUCAGGAAGUCACCUUGGAGAAGGAUAGUGAAAUCAGACGCUCUUUAUCACAGAUUUGCGAUAUCACCAUAGAUAAACUAAGUUAUAUGAAGGUGAACAGCAAUUUUCCCUGCACAAACAUAUCGGCUGUCAGCAUUAAUGAGUCAAGCAGUUGGUUCUCAGUACCCGGAACUCUGGACACAUAUCCGCUGAAUAACAGUCAGACUGGCAAUAUGUAUUUGUACAAAGAUAAAAGCAUAGCCGCGCGUGAAUUGACAUUAGAGGAACGCAGGCAAAUGAGCGCCAAGGAGAAGGCACGUCUGGAUCGCUUGGGUUGCAUUUCAACAACACGCUAUUCCCAGCGUCGGGAACGAGCCCUAAAAAUCUAUUUGGAUUCACCGGAGAAAUCAAAUAAUGUUUCGGCCUCGGCUCCAAUGGAUGCGCAUGUUGAACACUAGAAAACCAAGAAAACAAAGCUGUGGAGAGACAAAAACAAAAUGAAAUCCAAAACAAAAAUCUAAUGAAAAUAAUAUAAAAUUUAUGUGUUUUCAAAAUCCAAAACGAAACAAAACUAAAGCAAAUUUAUUAAAAAAUUGAAAACCACAAAAUCCUAGAAAAA